CACGAGGAGGAAGAAGAAAGAUUCAUUUUCUGUUUACUUCUGAUUAAAAUUAGACGGUAAGAGCUGAGAUACGAGCUUGUGUCAUUGUGGUCAUUAUGUUAUGAAACACACAGAUGGCUGAGUCAAAAUACGUUGAUGUUGCGCUGAAAUACCGCUAAAAGCACGGAAAUGUCAGUUUUCCCUCAGCUUUCCAUGAGCCCAGAAGUGCGAGAACAUCUUCGCAAUGUUUAUACAAACAACGAGCUGGUGUGUGAGUCUGGUGCAGAUGAGGCUGAUCUGGUGUUUGAAGCUCUGCGGUCCUGUCUGUCUCAUCCGCCUCUGUUCACUUGUCUGAGAGCCAGCACACACCUGCACUCACUUCAGGACAUUCAGCACCGGCUCGAGCAGCAUUUAGCACAGCAGGAAAGGUCUCCAUCAGUUUACACUCACCCACAGCUUCCAGAUGUUCUGCUGCUUCCAGUCCACGGCCCUCGGCCCGUGGAUCCGCUGGCCUCUGAAGUGGUAGUUGGUGCUCAGUGUGGUAAUGCUGUUCUUCGAGGAGCUCAUGUGUUCACGCCUGGCAUCCUCAGCACGCCAAAGUACAUGAAAGUGGGCGAGGUGGUGUCUGUGUUUUCUGAUGUGGAGGGGAAGUGCACACGCGGAGCCAAAGAGUUCAAGGGCGAGAAGGUGUUUCUGGGAAACGGGAUUUCUGAAGUGGAUCGCUCAGAAAUAUUCAGCUCAGAUGGACCCGGGAAGGGUGUUGCGAUUCGAAUGACUGAGCCUCUCUAUCAGAGCCCUUCCUUUGAUGGUGUUCUUACAGAUCAGCUCUUUCUACAGAACCUGCCGUCUGUGGUCGUGGGUCAUGUUUUAGGACCUCGUCCAGGAGAGCGAAUCCUCGACAUGUGUGCCGCUCCUGGAGGAAAGACCACACACAUCGCUUCUCUCAUGGAAAACCAGGGUACUGUUGUGGCCUUGGAAAAAAUCCGAUCCAAAAUGGAAAAGAUCAUUCAGAACGCAAAGAUGCUGAAGUUGGACUGUAUUAAAGCAUAUUGCUGUAACAGUGUACGUGCUGUGAGCUCAGAUCCCGCUCAGUGCAGUGCAGAUUUGUGUGUAUUUGUUGACGGUCCCCCAUAUGCUGAGGAGAGUUUUGACCGGAUAUUAUUAGACGCUCCCUGCAGUGGUUUGGGUCAAAGACCCAACAUGAGCUACAGCUGGAGUCUGAAAGAAGUCUGUUCCUACCAGCCUCUGCAGAGAAAACUCUUCACUACGGCCGUGCGUUUGUUAAAAAGAGGAGGAGUUUUGGUGUACAGCACCUGCACCGUGACGCUUGCGGAGAACGAAGAGCAGGUCGCCUGGGCUCUCAAGACAUUCCCCUGUCUAACACUAGAGCCACAGGUGCCUGUUUUAGGAUCGGAGGGGAUGCCGGGAGCGGGUCUGUCAUGUGACCAGCGGCGGCUGCUACAGAGAUUUAGGCCAGAAUUAGCAUGGAGAGGAGCAGGUGUCCCACAUUCCCCUGAGAGCCUCCUACAAAACGCCAACACGGAUACUAUCGGCUUUUUUAUUUCCAAGUUCAUAAAAAGGUAGUAAGCUGAAGAAGUAGGGCUUUUUUAUCGGAUAAACAGUUGAGCACAACAAAGCUAUGUUGUGGGUCCAUUGACUUUUAUCGUAUGAACAAAAAAAUAUCAGGUGAUGUUUAUGCAGCAGGUUUUCGUUUACUUGAACCACUUAUUUGAAGGACACAAAUUAAAUGACAUGGGGUAAAAAUAUUUAUUUAUCCUCAGAAAGGAAACGGAAGGGUGUGUAAACUUUUGAAUAGGAUCAUCUGUGUAAAUUAUUAUGCCUUCAGAAUUUAUAUAUUUACGCAUUUCCCAAAACGACUAUUUAAAUAGAUCAUCCUUUUCAAAUGUUUACUCGAUUAAUGUAGUUUGUUGCCUUUAUGACUUUCAAAUAAUGUUUUUCAUUUUUCAUAAUGGGCAUAAUUUUCAUAAUUGUCAGUAUGUGCUUCACUGCUCAGAAAACAUACAAACAGUCACUGAUCCUCAAGAAAGCUACAGACCAGAAUGUAAACUUUUAUAGUAACAGGAUUGUGUGUUCAAAUUCAGUUAUUUGUUGUUGUGCAAUGUAUGUUUAAGGAAAAAUAAUAAUAAAAAACAUUUUUUAUGAUA